AACUAAAGAACAAGUUACCAUAAUACAUUAGAAAGAAAUUUGUUUAGGAAAGAGAAACUUAAUACAGGCCAAACGAUAACAUUAUGAGUAGCAACGCACAGAAAGUUGACAAUGUUGCCCCAUCUUUCAGGCGUAAACAAGUUUUCAUUCUUGAUUGUGCGUACUGUGAUUCUACUGUUUGUAGACGAGCGAUGAAAGCAGUGCUUUUGGCAGAUUCUCAGACUGAACUUUUUUCAACUGAUAUUCAAGAAGAAGGGGCCGUGGAGUUGACAGAUGAGAAGUUCUACACCGACAACUGUGACUGUCUGAUAGAACAUAUGGCCUGCACCGUAUGCGGUAAUGUGGUUGGGUACCAUGUUCGAAUGCCCUGUAUCAAGUGUAUCAAGUCCUGCAACAAUGGCCAUAUGUGGAUGUUCUAUAGACAGGCUAUCCUACCAAUGGAUAGACUUAACCCACAAGGGGAGAAGGUGAUGCUUUGGGGGGACAUUCCAGCUGAUCGCCAUGACCAUGCCGCUGGCAUGUUGGAGGACGAGUGUUGUCGCUAGAGAAGUC